CCGGUGCUGUGAGUGGCAGUGCUACUUUUCAGACGCGCCUAGCAGGAUGACAACAUUUUUGGUGCGGAACUUAAACGUAGAAGCGGCAAAGUGUUGUUGCGCAUUAGAAAUUGACAGGGAGUCGGAGAGAUGUAGGAGGGCAUCGAAGUGCUUGGUUCCCCGCCCGAGUGAAUUACAGGUUUCACAGUAUGGCAACUGCAGGCAGUUCCAUAAUUUACCAGACAAGAAGAAGAACCAAUGCAGACAAAGAAGCAAGAAAAUCUCGUAUUGACAGGCGGCGGACAAGAAUUGGUUCUUUAAGCUUACUUCAAGACAGCAGUGAUGAUACAGAUGUGGAUUUGGACAGUGAAACGUCCAAGGACAGUGCAGAAAAAACUGCCAGCUCUUCUGAGGGCACAGAGGAUGAUAAGGCAAAAGUAGAAGAGUCGAACGGAGUUGGGAGCGAUGAAGAGGAUGUUGUUCACAGGAGCAGCCGCAAGCGAAAAUCCUCAGCUAUGCUAAACGAGAAUGAGACUGAAUCAGACAGUGAUGAUGGCCCCCCAGUUAGAAAAGUUGCUGCAAAGAAAUGUCCCAGUUUUUUUAAAGAUGACUCAGAAUCCAGUGAUGAUGCUGAAGGCCAUGAGUCUCCUACUUUUGGAAUUGAGAAGGACAUUGAAACAAAAGAAAAGGUUAGUUUGAAGAAGAAAGAAAGAUAUGCAAAGCUGCAACAGUUAUCAGAGAAGAGGAGGAGUAAAGACAGACGCUCCACUGGAACAUGGCAGGAUCCUGAUGAUGAUUUCCAGGAGAAUGCUAUACUGUCAUCAAGCAGUGAUGAUGAAAGUGAAGACAGCCUGAAGGAAUUUAUAGUGGAAGAUGAAGAUGUAGAAGAAAGUAAUUCACAUGACUUUGUUAAAAAACACCACAGUCAGCCUCCAGAACGACUCUUCGCAGAGCAUCACCUUUCAAUCUUUUCAUUGGGAAGUCCAUACGCAUAUUUCCAGAUUGUUGUAAAAGCACUGCUGAUCAACGCUGUCGACGGCACCUUUUUGAAAUCUCUGUACGAUGGAAGUCGAAAGAAGAUGUAUGCAAAGGAGAUGACCAGGGCCCUCCACUACUUUGAUGAUCGCUUUGUUGUUCCACGGCUACAGAAUUUAUUGCAAAGGAGUAGAUGGAAAGAAAGAUACAAGGAGCGUGUAGAGUGUUACCCGGAAGUGAAGGUUAUUAACACUGGAAUAAAAAGUGACCCCUGUGAGGCAUGUGAAAUGCAUAAACAUACCAGGUACUCAGUGGUCCUGUCGGGACAACUGUAUGACAACAAGACCAUGGAUAAUGAUGACUUCCUGCCAAAUGAUGUUCAAGAUUUCAGUGUUGGCAGCGUUUGUGCAGGGAGAACCAAGGUUUAUCACAAAUUGAAACAUUUUAAAUAUCAUCUUUUUAAACUUUGCUCUUCGGAGAUUCAGUUUGAAGAUCAAUGUGAUGAGCCCGUGAAGGACAGAGUGUCACGAGUGUUCAACGACUUAGAAAACAAAGGCUGGAUUAAAGAGCAAUUUGAGCUGUUUGAAGAUUGCCAGAACGAUGCUGACUUCUUCCAAGAUGAGAAACUGGAUUAAGGACUGAAGUACAUCACAGCCAGCGGCUGAGAACAUUUUAGAUUUCGAGCUACUGCAAUUUUCUUUUAAGUAAUUUAACUUCCUAAAUUUAAUCAACAUUUUUUAGCAUCAUAGAAGUUCAAGAAUUAUGACAUAUUUUUUGGAGAUUUGAAAUGUUUUGUUAACGUUUUAUCAUUCUGUAUAUUUUAAUUUGUUUAAACUUUGACAGCACUUAUUAUUUUUUACAAUUACAAACAUUCAGCUGUUGUUUUAUUCUUUGUAGCUUUGAGUCCUGCUAAUACAUAUUAAGAUGUAAAUUACUGUAUGUA